CGUAGAUACUCAACAUCCACAUAAAAAGGAAGGUUUGGAUACACAUCCAAUGUGUAUACAGAAAAACAUAUAUGCCUCGCACAUAAAUUCUGUCAAUAAGAUUAGUUUCACAUAAAAACUGUUGUGAAACUGGUUUACGUUCUAAAAAUAAUCGGUCUUGAACUAUAUAAGUACAAGUUGUUGUAAUAACCUACAAGAACUAAUCAGAGAAACGUUGUUUUUUUAUUGUUUGUUUCUCGAUGGUUGAUGGUGAUGGUGGUGACGGCUCUUUCAAGAAACCAGGAGCAGUGCCGUUUAACUGGGAGAUCCGACCCGGUAUCCCCAAGACCCGAGAUUCGACACCCGAUCCCACUCUCCUUCAACCUCCCAAGAAACUUCAUCCUCUCCGUUUACAACAGCUCUCACCUCCGUCAUCUCCCAGACCACGCGCUGUCUCUCCCUUCGCGCCUCCUCCUCCGUAUGUCAAGCCCAAACCACCGUCUGCUUCGGGACCUCCGUCUCCCUACUGGAGAAGUUCAUCAGCUCGAGGUAAACUCGAAUCCGGUUCUCCUAUGCGGCGGUGGCGUCUUCUCAAGUCGUUGAUCGGGCUGAAGAAGAGUAGAAAGAGCCGCGACGUGAAAAAGAAGGAGGGUGAUCAGGAUUCGACGUCAUCACAAUCUGACGAGUUCUACGAAUCGGGGACGACGUUUUCGCAGUCGGAAGGUUCAAGCAGGGGAUCGGUGGGCACGAGCUGGAGCUCGCCGCAUUCGUCAUCGUCUUCUUCGUCUUCUCUGAAACGUAACGAGUCGGAUCUAAGCUCCUCUGAGAAAAAAGUCAUGUUAAUGAUGGCUCGUGCGCACCUCGGUUAGACUUAUGUAUGUGUACAUAUGUUUCUUUUGUCUUUCAUUCAAUAUGGAGUUUUUUUUAGAAUAAGACCUUUCUUGCAGCUUACGUUACAUUCGUUGCCCUAAAACUUAA